GCGGAGGAAUAUCACCAUCCGGUCUUGUCGUACGAGCACAAGGGUGUAUUUCAGAAAGAUCGACAGCGCUGACAAAAGAACAUCGUUUCAACUUACAUAGUGUUGGCAAUUCAGAAACAGACAAAACCAACAUGUCAUACAGAGACAGAAUGUUCGAUUCAUCGGGCCGGUCAGAUAGAAAAGGGUUUGGUGGCAAUGCCGGAAAAUUACCUGGCGGAUUUCCGUCUCGUUUUGGCCAAGGAGGAGGAAUCGGCGGCAGUCGCUUUGGAGGCGGAGGCAGAGGAGGUGGUGGUGGGUUUGGAGGUGGAAUGCGUGGCAAGCUGGACAAGAACAGCCAACCUGGUCAAAAUCUUCGAAAGCCAAGAUGGGAAACUGAAAGACUAAUCCCAUUUGAGAAGAAUUUUUUCCGGGAACACCCAAAAGCUACAAGCAGAGAUCCUAAUGAAAUUGCUGCAUACUUUGAAGCAAACAAGAUCACCUUUAAGGGAAGCAAUUCUCCAAAACCUGUUCUGACAUUUGAAGAAGCAGGGUUUCCAGAAUAUGUAAUCGCUUCAUUUAGACGUCAAAGUUGGACUGCUCCAACAGCAAUUCAAGCAGCUGGUUGGCCUAUUGCUCUGUCUGGCAGAGAUUUUGUAGGAAUUGCCCAAACUGGUUCAGGAAAAACUGCUGGCUUCAUUUGCCCAGCCACAGUACACAUCAUGGCCCAGCCUAACCUACAGCCACGUGAUGGACCCAUUGUUUUGGUGUUGGUUCCUACCCGUGAAUUAGCUCAGCAAGUACAGGAAGUUGCCAUUGAAUUUGGUCAAAGCUCUAGGAUAAGAAGUGUGUGUGUUUAUGGUGGAUCUCCCAAAGGACCACAGAUAAGGGACUUGGAGAGAGGUGCUGAAAUAUGCAUUGCCACUCCUGGAAGACUCAUUGAUCUCCUUGAAGCUGGAAAGACAACAUUGAAAAGAACCACUUACUUGGUCCUUGAUGAAGCAGACCGAAUGCUGGACAUGGGAUUUGAGCCACAGAUCCGUAAAAUUUUGGAGCAGAUUCGUCCUGAUCGUCAGACACUCAUGUGGAGUGCAACUUGGCCCAAGGAAGUAAGGAAGCUUGCUGAAGACUUCCUUAAAGAAUAUGUACAACUCAACAUUGGCGCCUUACAGUUGAGUGCCAACCACAAUAUCCUCCAGAUCAUUGAUGUGUGCAAUGAUUCGGAAAAGGAUUACAAGUUGUUGAAGCUGCUAGAAGAAAUAAUGCAGGAGAAGGAAAACAAAACACUGGUGUUUACAGAGACCAAAAGGAGAGCUGAUGACUUAUCCCGUAAAAUGAGGAGAGAAGGAUGGCCAGUGAUGUGUAUUCAUGGUGACAAGUCCCAGCCCGAGAGGGACUGGGUACUCGCUGAAUUCAGGAAUGGUCGAACACCUAUUCUUAUCGCAACAGAUGUGGCUUCCCGUGGUUUAGAUGUGGAAGACAUUAAGUUUGUCAUAAACUUUGACUACCCCUCAAGCUCUGAGGACUAUGUACAUAGAAUUGGGCGUACUGCCAGGGCAGGCAACACUGGAACUGCUUACACAUUCUUCACCCCAGACAACGUCAAACAAGCCAAUGACCUUGUCAAUGUCUUACGAGAAGCCAACCAAGUCAUCAAUCCCAAACUCCUUCAGCUAGCUGAGAACUCCAGAUUUGGUUACAAAGGUCGUGGUAGGUCACGUGGACGAGAUGAUAGGGGCAGUCGGUUUGGAAAUCGUGAUUCAUUUGGCUCACGAGAUAGGGGAUCAAGUCGUGGGGGACGGGGUGGCUAUGGAGGAGGCCGGGGUGGAUAUAGUGAUGGUGGCGGUGGCGGCAGCUCUGGCUUCAACAGAGAUAGGUCUAAUGGCAGUUCUGCUGGUGGGGCAAGCAGGUUCUCUAAUCAGGGGACCUCACGGUUUGGGGGGGCCAGUAAUAGUACAAACAAUAAUUCAUACAGCAACAAUACAAACAAAAGCUAUGGACAAGGGGGUGCCAACAGCUAUGGUAGUCAAAAUGCUAUGAAUGGUGGAAAUUUUGGAAAUCAACAUCAGCAACCACCACAACAACAGAAUGGCUAUGCUAGUAGUAAUGGUGUGAACAACAAUGCUGGCAAACCCAAGGACUUGCAAAACAUGGCUUACAUGUACAGCCAAUGGAUGCAGCAAUCUCAAAAACCUAAUCAACCUCCCCUCCCAAGUGGCAAUCCACCACCACCACCUGCACCACCAAAGUUCCCUCCCCCACCUCCCCCAUCUAUGUGAUGAUACAUGAUUUUAGUACUUGGAAAGAAAUUUCGGUGCAAGUGGAGUUUUAUUUAUUGUUGAACUUAAACUUUUAGUUCCACUACCUGUCAACGUCGUAUACCAUGGUGAUGUCAUUUGGUCUAUAUAUUGUCUGUGUGUGUGGGUGUGUGGCGAUGAAUAUGUGAGAGAGUGUUAGAGUGAGUGAACAUCUUCCGACAUGGGGUAUGGCAUGUCUUGCUUCCAGUUGGUGAAGUUUUAACUGAACAAUAAUAGAUAUAUAGACCUGAAGUCGGUGAUGCAUUAUCUGUAGUACAAUUUUGGAUGAUGUUACAUUUUAAGUCAUGGGAUCAAUCAAGGGAGCAUCGGUGAACAACUUCUUUGUGUUUAGGAUAUUUUACUGUCUCCAUUGGAGUCUUCAAAAGAAAUCCAAAUUUUGUUGGGAAGUUUCUUUUCAUUCGGUAUUUUGUAAGGGUUACUGAUGCUUGCACAAUUUUUUUCAGGGAACAUUUUUUAACAGCCUUACCUAUGAUAGUCAUAUUCAUCUUUUUGGGAGUGCGGAGGGUUGGGAUAUCAUCUUUGGAGUACAGGGUAGGGUUUAUCAUUUUAAGUCAUUCAAAAGAAUUUUUACACAUCCUAGGAGCAGUUUGAUUCUCAUCAGGCAUGAGUAAAUGUUGCUCGAGAUUUUUUGGAAAUUAAAAUAUCAAUAUAUAAA